AGCAUUUUAAUUCGCUGUAGAUUAGCAUAUAUUUUUAAUUCGUUAUCUAUUUCAUAGAUUUUUAAUUCGUUGUGUAUUAUCAUAUUUGUUUAAUUAAAAUGGAAUAUUUUGGUUGAUAUUUAGGAAAAGCGCAUUUUAAUAACACUUGAUAAGUUUCCUUUCCAGUGCUAGCCAAACUGUGGCAUUAUUAUUCCGCGUAUAAAUACUGGGCCUACUUCUGCCUGAACCAGAAUUUUAGGAUUGAUCAUACGUGUAAAGAUAGCAGUGUCGAAGACUUGAAAAAGAUAAAGCAAGUCUGUGAUCAAAUUUUGCUGCGAAAUUCUGAUUUACGAUGCCUGGAGUUUUAUGCCAAUCCGGAACAACGGCUUCGGUCAACAAGACCAGUGAUUCUAAAAUGGCGAUCUGCAAUUGCGACAACUGUCCUUGCAGGCGAGGUUCUAACAAACGCCUUCUGCAUCACAAGAAGGAGACAAGUCCAGGUUGUAUCGCAUUCCAACUUCCAAGGUACAAAGAACCCGUUUCAGAUACCUACAGCCACUCGGUCUAUAAGAAGGAGUUCUGCAACAAGACGCUUAUUAGACAAUUAAAGGAAGCAGCCCAUUUGAAAGCGGGGCAGCGUCAUCAGCCAUUACCACCCCGUUUGGAGAACGAGAGAUUCACAUUCAAGACGAUGACAGAAACAGAUUAUAGAAGAUAUACUUUACGAGAGGAAGCUGCAUGCAAAGCCAAGUUUCCCAGAAACAAACGAAAAGAAGACUUCUACUAUAAACCAGGUGAAUACGUCAACGAAAAGAAAUUUUCUGCACAGUCAUUGUCUCACGAAGAUUAUUGCCCGAAGAAACCCAUCCCAACAUAUUACCGUCCGGAGCAAGAUUGUAUUCUGCCUCCAUUUGAGGGCGCUUCUUGUUAUUUUACCGAUUAUAAACCUCACCAUCCAAGCGCAUACAUGCAGUCUAGGAAAUAUAAGAAGAGAGUGAAAUUCGACUAGCAUGCUUUUGAUUUGUGAACAUUAACUUGGUACUUGUCUGCAGUGUGCAAAAUUUUACUAUGCUUGUCUUAGAGGUGAAAUGCGAGAAGAUUUGUACAUAUUUUUCGUAUUUUUCUCUAAUUUUGAAAUGUUUUUGCUUCGGUUAAUAAGACGUUAUCAAGUGUUAGAAUCAAAUAUUAAAUGUAACUUCAAUAAUUUUAACAGAAUGUAAUGUAAAUACUAGCUUGUUGUUUUUGUUAUUUUUUAAUAUUGUAGCAUUAAAAUGCAAGAAGUAUAACAUUUAA